UCCUGUCCCCAGGGGGUAAGGGAAGUGGAUCUCCUGACACUCCCUGUCCCCACUGCAGUCUCGCUGUCCCUGAGCCGCUCCUGCCUCAUGGCACCAAUGGCGUUGGCCCUCAUCCUGGGUUGGUGUCUGGUGGCAGCGAUCAGGGCACAGCAUCUGGCCUGACCCUCCCUGUGGCUGCACCCCAUCCAGAGGGUGUCCCUGGGAGACACAGUCACCCUGCAGUGCCACCUUCCCCGGUGGCAAAAAAACACGGACAAAGAGCAGUCCAUGGUUGAGUUCUCCUUGGGUAGAGUAAAUGCAGAAGAUGCAGAGAAAUACUGGUGCCAGUACCGGGCUUUGGAACCACCAGGGAUCUCAGAGAAGAGUGACCCUGUGGAGCUGGUGGUGACAGAUCACAGGUACCCCCCACCCGGGAUUUACCUGAGCCCUGAGGAACACGUGGAGACAGGGACCAACGUCACCAUCCGCUGCUGGAAGAAGGACUAUGUGGCCGCCUUCCUCCUGCACAAGGACGGGCACUCAGCCCCUAUCCAGCACCAAAACCCCAGUGGUGGUGGCACAGCCACCUUCACCCUCAAUGGGGUGACCCCAGCCGACUCUGGCACAUAUAGGUGCUCCUACCGUAUCAGAGGUUGCUGCUUUCUGUCCUCACCCCUGGGGAAAAGGGUGACACUGAAGGUGACACCCGGACCUACACACCCAGGUGGCAUGGGGCAGAUGCACGGGAACCUGUUGGCAACCGUGGUUGGGGGCUGUGCUGCCACUCUUGUGUUCAUCCUCAUCCUCAUCAUCUUCUUCCUCCUCGCUGCCCGCAGACGCUGGAUAAGGAGAGAUGAGAGCCAUGGUGGGGAACAGUUUACAGUAUUUCCAUCCCCUCUAGAUCUCCCCUAUUGUCUUCUGCCUCCCCUUCCAUCCCCUAUAGAUACCCCAAAUGUCUUUCAGUGACCCCCUAACACCCACAUUUAUCCCCUCCAAUUUUUGAUAUAGAUGCCUCCCUCAGAAGGCCCGAGGCCAUGCAGCUCCAGGUGCCGUGCAGUGACAGCGAGUGUCUGACCUAUGUCGAGCUGCAAGCUGAACCCCUCAAGACUCGGCCCUGUGCUCCCCCUGCUUCCCUACAGCCCCGUGUUAACUACGCUCAAGUGCGCACUGGUGGACCCCACUGAUGCCCCUACCUGUGGGCGCACAAACCUGUGUAUGUGGUGUGCACACAUGUACUUACAGAUUGCACGGUGCUGAUGUGUUGUGUGUGCUCACAAUCACGUGUUCACUUCAUGAAUAUUCACUGCGUGUGUUCACGUGUCUUACCGCAGUCUACGACAUCACAUAUGCACAAUAGAUGCACACACAUGUACUACAUGCUUAGUUCUAUGGCUCCAUAUAUGCAUGUGUGAUGCCAUACAUGCACACUGAUUCAUGCACGCAAUAACACACACCUGUGUCCUUACCACGUGCCUCAUCUCUGCACCGCAUCAUCUGCUGCCCAUGGCACAUCUCCAGCUCCACAACCCAAACCAGCACCCAUCCCACAGUGCUUUUGGGACAGGAUUCCUGCUCCUGGAAGGAUUUAUCCCACACUUGUGGGGGAGAAUUCCCAUCCUGAAGGGUUUCUCCUGCUUCUUGAGGGAGGAUUCCUCUUUCUGGAAGGCUUUACCCUUCCUUUGCCUCUGGAGAGUUGGAUUCCAUUUCCUGGGGACAAUUCCCACUUCUGCAGGGAUUAACCUUAUCUUUGUGGGAAGACCUACCAUUUCCAAAGAGUUGACCAUAGCGCCUCACGGAAUUCUUGUUUGUGGUUCCAUUUAUCGAGGCUGUGGGUGAAAAUUCUCAAUCCUGGAAGGAUUUAUCCAGCUUUGGUGGGAGGCUUGCUGCUUCUGAGUCGUUU